AUGUCGAAGCGAGCUCAUACGACAGAGCUGGGCAGCAUAGCUUGCGAAGAGCUCGGCGAGCUCGGCGCGGGCAAGGAGGGCUGGCUCGUCGACAACCCGAGCCUCCUCUGCGCCCUCGACACCCACUCCCUCGCGCUCGCCAACCGCUCCGUUAUUGUGGUUCUCGGGUGGGCCGAGCCCGACUCGACCCGGCUCAAGAUCCGACCCGAAUUGUCCCCGAUCUCGGCGGAGUUCGUCACGGCUAUAGAGUGGUUGGUGUUUGAUGAGAUAAGGGUCGUCGUGGCCGGGACUUCGUCUGGCUCCCUCCUCUUUUUCUCUUUGGCUGGUGAUUUAAUUCAUAAACAGAUGGUAUAUCCUGCACGGAUUAUAAGGUUGAGAGUGCGCGGAACGAAGAGAGAUUUGAGCCAUGAAACAUCCUCGGAGGAGGUUUGUGUUGUUAUGCCAGGCAUAGUCGCCCGUUUUGAUGGUUCUGAUAUUCAGAAUAUGCUGCACCAGUGGUUUCAAGAAACACGGUCUCAGUUUUGGGAUCCAAACCCCAGAAAGCGAAGCUCAGAUGAUUUUGGACGUUCUUAUGGUAAAUUGCCUUACCAGUUAUGGAGUGUCAGCAAGUAUGGUACCUGUGCUGAUGCAGCAAUUACUGGCAUUAUGCCUCCACCACUGAUGGAAAUCCAGUCAAAUGAACAUUAUUACUGUGGAAUCACUGUUGGAGAGGAUGCCGUGAUUUCUGCCUUCAGACUUUCAGAAGACAAAAAUAGGUCUUUGGUGGGAGCUAUCUUGUCUAAAGUUGUGCCUGCAACAUUUUCGACAAUAGCUUCAUUGUCAAAAAUGAUUUGGCGGAGUGACCAGACUUCACCUAGAAAAUCAGAUGAGAAGCCUCAACCAUUUGCACGAGCUUCGCCAUUGACAUGUUUGAAGGAUUUCCCAAGAAAGGGUGAGAAGCUUACCUUAUCACCUAGUGGCACGUUGGCUGCAAUUACAGAUUCACUUGGUCGUAUAUUGCUUUUAGACACUCAAGCACUUGUUAUAGUGCGGCUCUGGAAGGGAUAUCGGGAUGCUAGUUGCCUAUUCAUGGAGAUGCUGGCAAAAAAAGAUACUGCAGCUUCUGGUUCUAGUUAUUAUGAACCCACAAAGAGUGAUUACUGCCUGUGUUUGGCUAUUCAUGCCCCUCGGAAAGGAAUUGUUGAGAUUUGGCAGAUGAGAACUGGGCCGAGGCUUCGAUCAUUUCAGUGUGCCAAAGGAAGCAAACUACUGCAACCUACCUACAGAUUUGGAUCAUCAAUAGCCUCCACCUAUGUCCCUUUGGAGGUUUUCUUGUUGAACGGUGACUCUGGUCAAAUAUCAGUUUUAAAUCGAACUCUUAAUUGA